GUAAGAGCAAAAAGAGAAAGAAAACCCUAAAACAACCAUUCCCGGUUCUCAAGACAAAAUGUUGUGAAAUAAUAAUAAAUAAAUCCAAAACCCUAUUCUUAACAAAAAGGAAAAAGGAGCUGGCUGGCACCAUCAUUACCAACAGCAAAGCCCUUGGUUUUUCUUUCCCUCUCCUUCCCGCCUCUUCUCUCUGAGGGUUUCCUUUCUAUUUUCUCUCGUCUUAUCUUCUUCAGUUUUACAUUUUUUGAAUUGACUAGAUACCCUAACAUCAGACAAAAAGAUAGUGAAAUGCGUUUGAGGGAUGCAGAAACUGAUAAGAAGAACCCCUUCUGCUCCUCCCCUGCUUUCCACUUCUUCCCUUAAACCCUCUCUCCCUUCUCUCUCUCUCUCUCUUUCUCUUCCUCUCCCUUUCUCCACCCCUGCUUCUUCUACUAUUUCUUUUUCAAUGCCCACUGCCACUCUCCCAGGUUGUGGCUCUUCUCUCGCCGCCGCCGCCGCUCUUACAAACAAAACUUCCUCUCUUUCCCGGCGCUUCUACACCACUGCUAGUUAUCUCUAUCAGCCCCGUUUAAAUACAAGAACCUCUCUACGGGCUUGGCCUGGGAGAGUUGGUAUCCGGCCGGCUUGGUGCCAUUCCAGUGGGAUAGAGGAGCAGUUGAGUCCAAUUGAAACUUCCAAGGAUUUGAAUGAAAUUGAAGAGGAAGAUAAGCCGAUAAGGUUGAAUAGAAGGCAAAAGGGUUCUGGAGUUUUGGUGGGAAGUCCGGAUUUGUUGACGAUUCCGGGCGUUGGACCUAGGAAUUUGAGGAAGCUUGUUGAGAAUGGGAUUCAAGGUGUUGCUGAGCUCAAGCAGUUGUACAAGGACAAGUUUUUUGGAAAGGCUAGUCAGAAGAUGGUUGAGUAUUUACAAAGUUCUGUUGGGAUUAUCCACAGAAAUCAUGCCGAGAGUAUAACAACUUUUAUUAAGGAGAGUGUGGAUGAAGAACUGAAGGAUUCGAACUCAGAUACAAAGCCAGCUUCAAAGAAACGGUUAACAUUCUGUGUUGAAGGGAAUAUCAGUGUUGGAAAGACAACGUUCCUUCAAAGAAUAGCUAAUGAAACACUGGAGCUGCGCGAUCUUGUUGAGAUUGUUCCAGAACCCAUUGAUAAGUGGCAGAAUGUUGGACCUGACCAUUUCAAUAUAUUAGAUGCGUUUUAUGCUGAACCACAGAGGUAUGCCUAUACCUUUCAAAAUUAUGUCUUUGUUACAAGGGUUAUGCAGGAGAGAGAGUCAUCUGGGGGUCUUAAGCCGCUCAGGUUAAUGGAAAGGAGUGUUUUCAGUGACAGAAUGGUGUUUGUACGAGCUGUUCAUGAAGCAAAUUGGAUGAAUGAGAUGGAGAUCAGCAUUUAUGACUCAUGGUUUGAUCCAGUUGUAUCAUGCUUGCCGGGGCUUAUUCCUGAUGGUUUUAUCUAUCUAAGGGCAAGUCCUGAUACAUGCCAUAAGAGGAUGAUGCUGCGAAAAAGAGCAGAAGAGGGUGGGGUGAGCCUAGAUUAUCUGCGUGACUUGCAUGAAAAGCACGAGAGCUGGCUUUUACCUUUUGAAAGUGGAAAUCAUGGAGUACUGUCUGUUAGUAAGUUACCCAUUCAUGUGGAUAGCUCUUUGCACCCUGAUAUCAGAGAUCGAGUGUUCUUUUUAGAGGGUAAUCAUAUGCAUUCUAGCAUUCAGAAGGUUCCUGCUUUGGUGCUUGACUGUGAACCCAACAUAGAUUUCAGCAGAGAUAUUGAAGCAAAGAGACAGUAUGCUCGCCAAGUUGCAGAAUUCUUUGAAUUUGUGAAGAAAAAGAAAGAAAUCUCAACUACUAAAGCUGGGGAAGAAGGCCAAGGGGGCAGUCAACCUCAGAUUAUACUGCCUCAUGCAGGUGGAUUAUGGGUACCAGAUGGAAAACAUUUCCCAGAUGCCGCUCUAAAAUCUCUAGAAUUCCGGCGAGCCAUGUCCUACAUGUCUGGAUCAGGCUAGUCAGCUUUUUUUUUUUUCAGAUCUAGAGGUGUCUGUUACUGGUGGAUGCAGGAUGUCUCGUGUAAAAAUGUUUGACCAUUAUUAACCUUUAGGAAUGUAGAGAUGUUGAAAUGCUUGGACAGUUUUCUUUAAAUGCAUUGGUCGUUGGUGUAAUGGUGCUUUGCUUUCCUGUGGUAGUAACCAUUCUAAUGAAUCAUGAAAUGGAAUCGAGAUCCUACGGAUAUGAUAUACCCAAAA